ACCCCAAAUUCUAUUUGGUUUGAUUUUGAAAUAGAAUUAUUAGAGCAAGUAUCGAAUCAAAUAAGUUUAGCCAUUACUCAUGCAGAAUUAUUAGAAGAGAAUAUUGUAAAGAAAAUUCAGAUAAAGGCUGCUGAUGCUGCAAAUUUUGCUAAAAGUCAAAUAUUAGCAAAUACUUCUCAUGGAGCGAUAGUGGGUCUUUUUUCUUCCUUCGAGAGUGCUAAUUUAACUUCUGAACAGAGAGACAUGGUUGAUAUUCUUUCACGUGCUUCUGAGAUAGUGUUAUCUAAAGUGAAUGAUAUUCUUGAUGCAGCAAAAUUAGAAGCUCAUAAAAUCACUCUAACUAGCAGAACAUUUGAUUUAUAUGAAUUAAUGGAUAAUACAAUUGAAAUAUUUGAAAAAGAAGCUGGGGAUAAAAAGAUUGAAAUAAUCGUAAAUUAUGACAUGGAUGCGUUACCAAAAUAUGUUAAAAGCGAUCCUGAUAGAAUUAAAUUUACUGAGAAAGGUGAAAUUGGGUUAAAAAUUUCAAUACAAUCACAAAAAAUCAUUGAUGAAAUUAAAAUUAAAGAAAGUACGACUUACAAUCAAAAAGCGAAUCUGCUAAUUGAAUUAUAUGAUACUGGUAUUGGUAUGAAACCAGAAUACAUACCUGAUUCUUGGACAAGUUUUUCAAAAGGUGACAUGUCAAUAACUAGGAAGCAAGAUGGUACAGGACUUGGUCUUUCAAUCUGCAAAAGUCUAGUAGACAUUAAUGGAGGAGAAAUUAAAGCAGAAAGCCAGUUAGGAAAAGGAAGUAAAUUUUGGUUUACGUGGAAUGUUGCAUUAUUAGAUACACAAUUUGAUAAACGAAUGAGUGAUAAAUUACCUAAUAUAAAACAAAAACGAAUACUAAUAAUUCACCCAGUUGAAGGUGCUAGAAAUGCUAUGUUAAAAUUUCUUAAACAAGCCAAAAAAGUUGAUGCAUUCGAUACUUUUGACGAGGGUAUCAAAGCAGCAAAAGCAUAG